UUUAGUUCUUUCUCUCCAAGUACGUGGUUUAACAACAAAACACAACCUCUGAGAUCCGAUCCUUCACAACGAACACCAUCAACCAUGUCAACCUCUGCAAUCAUUGCGGCGCAUUCUAGCUCCUGGGCCGCGGCGCUCGUUAGGAUCUCUCCCUACACCUUCUCCGCAAUCGGUAUCGCUGUUUCAAUCGGUGUCUCCGUUCUCGGCGCCGCUUGGGGAAUUUAUAUCACCGGUAGUAGCUUGAUCGGUGCUGCAAUUAAGGCUCCUCGAAUCACUUCCAAAAAUCUCAUCAGCGUUAUCUUCUGUGAAGCUGUUGCUAUAUAUGGUGUUAUUGUGGCUAUUAUCCUGCAGACAAAACUAGAAAGCGUUCCAAAAGCAAGUAUCUAUGAACCAGAAUCUCUUAGAGCUGGAUAUGCAAUCUUUGCUUCUGGGCUUAUCGUGGGCUUUGCAAAUCUUGUUUGUGGGUUGUGUGUAGGAAUAAUUGGAAGCAGUUGCGCAUUAUCUGAUGCUCAGAACUCCUCCCUCUUCGUGAAGAUUCUUGUCAUUGAGAUCUUUGGCAGUGCACUUGGCCUAUUUGGAGUUAUUGUUGGAAUUAUUAUGUCGGCUCAAGCAACAUGGCCCUCAAAAAUUUAGUUUGCCUUGUAUCAUCUCUGUGUGAGAAUGCUAUUACAAUAGAGCACACUAUGUUUUGUGUACUUCUAGUGAUUAUGUCUUCUCUGCUUAUCCAUUUUAGCAGGAAUGUAAAAACCAACAUGAUAGCUUGCGUCCAUUACAACUGUAGGCUGUAUUAUCUACCAAUGAAUUGUUUUAGAAGGGAAGUGUGUCAUCCGAUUCAUCACUCUGUUGAUUGAGUUUUAGUAUUUUUGAAGUACUGAAUCAUUAGUGUUGAUUCAUUUAUAAAUAAAAAAUGUGUAUUUAUUUGGGCUCGCCAAUAAUGUCAAGACUUCAGAGAUGUACUAAUGAAGUUCAUUUCUUUUGAGUAAGAAGCUUAUGUUAAUCAGUGUUUAGAUUUGA